AUGGUGGUUUAUAAAGAAGCUCUCUUGCUCGCAUUCGUCGCAGUUCUUGGAAUCCAGUUACCUUUACUAACUGAAGCAGAGUGUCCAUUGGACUUGACUUCAUCUAACUUCACUCUCGUUGCUUCCGUGUGCUUCAACAACACCGAAAGAGCCAAAUGCUGCCGCUACAUGAACGCUUUCGUUGCAGUAUCUGUCGCUCGCUACGCAAACUACACAACGGAUCUUGGAGUUGCAUCGGAUUUAACUCAAGUCUGUAUCUCUUACAUCUCUAGAACCAUGGAGCUUUAUGGAAUCCCAAGAAAUGCAACUGUCUUCUGUGGAUUAGGGACCAAGAUUCUUGUUAACUAUGAUUGUGAGGGUCUGACCACUGUAAAGGAAAUGCUUCGGUCCAGAAAUUUUGGAGAUGUUUCUAGAAACUGCAAACUCCCGCUUUCGCCGGGAAAUCAAUGCAAGAACUGCUUGAACUCUGGUAUUACCUACCUUCGUAGUCUUGUAGAUGAAACAAAUAGCAUUAAACUGAGUACUUGCCGAGAUGCAACCUAUGCUGUAUUAGCAAGCCAAGUUGACAAUUCAUCGGCCCUUGAACUCGCUAGCUGCUUCUUUAAUGUGCCUGAGCUUAGCGCUGAUCCAGAGUCAUCUCCAUCGUCACUGAGCCCAGGAGCUUCUCCAAGUUCAGAGAUAGCUGAUAGUCCAAGCAGCAAUCUUGUUUUGUCUAGUAAACAUCACCGUCCAUAUCAUUUGACAGUGGUUCCAACUAUUGGGAUCGCUGUUACAGCUUGUGCUGUUUUUAUGCUCGUAGUCCUAGUAGUUCUUAUCCGAAGAAAAAAACGGGAACUUGAUGACUCCGAGAGCAUGGAUCACAAUCCAACAAAGGCAUUUCCUUCUCCUCGCCCCAAUGUGAUGAUUCAUGAAGGUAAUUCGUUGGCUUUUCGGAAAUUCAGCUACAGGGAGAUGAGGAAAGCAACUGAAGAUUUUAACACGGAGAUUGGCCGUGGGGGCUUUGGGACUGUCCACAAAGCUGAGUUCAGUAAUGGGUUGGUUGCAGCUGUAAAGAGGAUGAACAGGAGCUCUGAACAAGCAGACGAUGAAUUUUGCAGAGAGAUAGAGCUUCUUGCCAGGCUGCAUCAUCGCCAUCUAGUUGCUUUGAAAGGUUUUUGUAUAAAGAAGAAAGAGAGGUUCCUUGUCUACGAGUAUAUGGCAAAUGGGAGCCUGAAGGAUCAUCUACAUUCCACCGAUAAACCUCCACUUAGUUGGGCAACAAGGAUGAAAAUUGCAAUCGAUGUGGCUAAUGCUCUGGAAUACCUUCAUUUCUACUGUGACCCGCCUCUCUGUCACAGAGACAUCAAGUCCAGCAACAUACUACUUGACGAGAAUUUUGUUGCUAAGCUUGCAGAUUUUGGCCUUGCACAUGCUUCUAGAGAUGGCUCCAUUUGUUUCGAACCUGUUAAUACAGAUAUCCGAGGAACUCCAGGCUAUGUAGAUCCAGAGUACGUUGUAACACAAGAACUGACAGAGAAGAGCGACGUGUACAGCUACGGAGUAGUGUUGCUAGAGAUCAUAACCGGUAGAAGAGCCGUAAAUGAAGGUAGGAACCUAGUAGAAAUGUCUCAGCCGCUACUGGUAACAGAAUCAAGACGCAUAGAUCUGGUGGAUCCGAGAAUCAAAGACUCCAUAGAUGGAGAACAACUUGAAACAGUAGUGGCGGUUGUGAGAUGGUGCACAGAGAAAGAAGGUGCGGCUAGGCCAUCAAUCAAACAAGUCCUGAGGCUGUUAUGCGAAAGCUGUGAUCCUUUGCAUCUCGGGCUUGCAAUGGCGGUUGAGGAGGCCAAAGGGCGGUCACUGAGAGGUGACUCGGGGUUUGAAAGCGGAGACAUUCGUGGCUUGGCGUCUUCCUCUAGUACUACUUCAAGGUCGCAUUGUAGCCGGAGUUUUCUGCUUGAGACUGGUUCUCCUCACUCUCCACCAAACGGUCUCUCUUUUUGA